AUUAUUUCCUUCUUUCGUUUUAGUUAAUACAGGAUUUUACAGAAAUAUGGCGGGUCAUCAACAGGAGUAUUUUGAUGUUAAUCGCCGAAGGUCUGAAACUAUCGAAGAAGAGUACGGAACUAGCCAGGAUGGCAGGCAUUUUAUCAUUAUAAACAAUAUGGAAUUCAAAAAAAAUUUAAGAUUGCCAUCUAGAGAAGAAUCGGAGUACGAUAAAAUCAAUCUAAAAAUGAAACUUAGAGCUUGUGGUUUUAACGUGAAAGUUCAUAACAAUAAGACUACAACGGAAAUGAAACAAAUUUUAAAAGACGUAUCCGUAAAGACUCAAUAUAAAAAUCCCGUUAGCGUCUUUGGCUGUGCUUUAUUGUCUUAUGGACAAAAUGAAACAAUCUAUGGUACAGACGGUCCUAUUGAAAUUCAAGAAUUAAUUGAAUUGUUAAAGGGAGAUGUUUGUUCAGUACUUUGCGGAAAACCUAAACUAUUUAUCAUUCAAGCCUGUCCAGCAAUAAAAAUUGGUGUUGAGGAAACUGACGGGAAUACAUUUCCUAAAAAAAAAAAAAGGAAUCUUUCAAGUCUGAAUGAAAAAAAUAUUCCUACAAUGGCAGAUUUCGUUUACGCACACUCAUCUAUACCUGGAUUUAUGCCUUGGGGAAUAUCACAAAAUAAUGAUAAUGCUGGUUCAUGGUUUAUACAAGCUAUUAUCUUUGUUUUUAAUAAGUACCGUAAUUCUCAUGAUGUAUUGACAAUGUUUACUAUCGAUGAUGAUGAUGAUGGUGGUGGUGGUGAUAAUUGUGGUUAA